AUGCCCGAUCCGUUGGCCCCCGCCUGGUUCGCUGACAUCCCAGGCCUCCCUCCGCUGUUGGCGCCGCAGAGGACAUACAUCGGCAUCCGACAGCGCGCAUGGGGGACAUGGAUGGCGGAGAUCACCGACCGGGAGAUGCACACGAGGAAGUGGGUCGGGUCGUUCCAUACGGUGGAGCUCGCGGCAAUGGAAUACGACCGGUGGCAAGUCCAGUUCCACCGCUCCGCCACGAGGCUCAACUUCCCUUUUGAGACAGCGCUGGUCCGCCUUGUCCUGCCGGCACCGGGUGGGAUGAGUGCGGCGAUGGCUCGGGAGCACCGAGAGGCGAGGAAGCGCCUCGAGGCGGGGCGGACCUCUGCCGCCAGCACGCAGGGCUCAUGA